AUUUUAAAUUGAUACCUUAAAAUUUUUUUUUCCAGUAUAAUUGAAUUUUUAAAUUGCAUAUAUUAGCUGCAUUUAAAAGCUUUAUUCUGAGAAGAGUUCUAUGUAUUUUGCCAGAUUGCCAACGUGGGGUCCUGAUCCGGGAUUAUACAGAUCAGCUGCCAUGGGAAAAAUCCGCUUGGGAUACUGGAUCUUGGCUCUCUUUAUUGUGACCUGGAGUGACUUAGGCCUCUGUAAGAAACCAAAACCAAGACCUGGAGGGGGAUGGAGCAGCGGAGGAAGCAACCGCUACCCAGGCCAGCCCGGUAGCCCCGGAGGCAACCGAUACCCUGGCUGGGGGCACCCUCAGGGAGGUGGCACUAAUUGGGGUCAGCCCCAUCCCGGGGGUUCCAAUUGGGGUCAGCCCCAUGCUGGGGGAUCCAGUUGGGGUCAGCCGCAUGCCGGAUCUAACUGGGGUCAGAGUGGUAGCAGCUACAACCAGAAGUGGAAACCAGAUAAACCCAAAACCAACAUGAAACACGUGGCGGGGGCCGCCGCCGCCGGGGCAGUUUUGGGAGGAGUCGGUGGCUACAUGCUGGGGAGCGCCAUGAGCCGGCCCGUCAUGCACUUUGGCAAUGAGUGGGAAGACCGCUACUAUCGGGAAAACCAGUACCGCUACCCCAACCAAGUCAUGUACCGGCCCAUCGACCAGUACAACAACCAGAACAAUUUUGUGCACGACUGCGUCAACAUCACCGUGAAGCAGCACACCACCACCACCACCACCAAGGGGGAGAACUUCACGGAGACGGACAUCAAGAUCAUGGAGCGCGUGGUGGAGCAGAUGUGCAUCACGCAGUACCAGAACGAGUACCGCGCCGCCCAGUACAGCUACAACCUGGCCUUCUUCUCGGCGCCGCCCGUGACCCUCCUCCUCCUCAGCUUCCUCAUCUUCCUGAUUGUGAGCUAAGAAGCCUUGCAAUGUUUACUCUCUCGAGGUUUAUUCUCUUAAUCUUUGCAGAGAAGGGAAUCCUUCAGUCUGCAAGGGCAGCCCAAAUAGCAGCAGUUUCUCAUUUCCAUGUUUGUCUGUCACCCGUAGCUUAAGGCCCUUCUCGCCCGUGCGCGCUGGGGAACGUACAGUCAGUCCCAGAGGCCGGGCCUCCCCCGCUCUCUCCAAACCAUUUGGACCACGCGUUUGUCAGAUCAGUGCCGCCUUUGUCAGUGUCCUUUCCGCGGGGGGAGAUUAUUAGGAAACUUCCCAUCUAGCGGGUUGAGGCCAAAAGAGAAAUGAUUUCAAAACAUGUUUUCCAAAUAGACCCAACCGUGAGUCCCUUUGCUUGCUGAAAUAUCACCUAAAUAAAUGUCCCUCCCUGCUUGUAGUUCAUAAAUUAGUAGGUCAAGGAUUAGCGAACUUACACUUGUUAGACAGCCCCAUCGCCAGUUAGACGGUCACAGGGAACUCAUCCAUACAUUUCAACACACCCCGAGGCGUUUUCCCCUUCCAACAACAAUUUUCACCCUUUGAAACAAGACUGGAGACUGCUUAGGCAAACCACAGAAAUCCCCCCAACGUGCGGGUCCAGGCUCUAGCUGCUGAAUCAAGCCCAGCUAUUGCUACAGAGUACUGUGAUAUUCUCUUGGAUCUUAUAAUGGGACACACUCGGCAGAGGCUGCACCAAAUUAGAACCGCUCGGGAGGCGGGGGCUAUUUGUCAGCGGUGGAAUGAGCAUAAUUGUGUAAGCGGUAUCCUGUGCGAUGGAAACGUGUCCUGGGUAAUCCACAGCUUGCAAAGUAGUGUUACUUUGGGUGUGCUUUGUCAUCAUUUCUGGCCAUUUUUGAUAUGUACAUAUUGUUCAAGCCCAGUAUAAACCAUGUCUACCAAUGCAUUCCACCCAAGAACGGGAAAAUGCAAAGCAGAUACUUCCAGAUAAUUAAGGAAGCUCUCUGAAAUAUCUAAGGGACCGGCAGCUCCUUAGCUGGGGUUAUUUGCCCAUAUGUCCACUGAGAUGCCGACAUUGGAUAGGGUUAAGACAAGGGCCCAGAAGAACCAGUUAACAUAUAAUUUGUCUUUUAGAAUUUAAGGAGGCAGUUUGAUGACUUUAUAAACAAAAAUUGCACUUAAAGCUUCUCCCUUCACCCCAAGAUAAAGCAGAAACGAUAUUGGAUGAGCACUUAAAGUCAGAUUAAGAGAAAAAUCCUUAAAAUGGAAAAAUUGUGGAAGAAAUUAUCCUUUUAAAAAAUUAAUCCAGUCCCCCAAAAAACAUAUCUCAGAAAAGGGUGGGAGAGAGGCAAGAUGGCAGGGAGAUGAUCUGUCUAAAUGAUUUUUGUUUAAGUUGUGAAUAAGUCAUUCUCAUAGAAUAAAUUAUUAGGUUUUCAUUAUCAUUAUUCUGCAUUGCCUUGUAUCAUACAGGUAGUCUUUAUAAAAAUCAGUAAUUAUUGGAUAUGGUAAAGUAGAAAUUCUGCUCAGAACAGUUGUCACCCAGAGUAGUAGUAUCUAUUGUGUUAUGUUUCUUUCCAAGAUUCCAAAUGCCUAUUCUAUGGAAAAAGCAUUCUUAGGCUUUUAGCACCUGAAUGGACUCCUGCAUGAGUCCACAAUGCACAGGGAAAAAUGGUCUUUGAAAUUUGCAUGCACUUAGUAAUAUAAGGAAAUUUUAUAGAUUUGUAACUUCGCACGUACUUGUUUUGAUGUAUUAAAAUUUAUAAAUGUUUAAUAUCUGACUAAAAAUAAAACAGGCAGCAGAUGAA